GAUGCUUCACGUAGUGUGUGAUGAGCAAAAAGAAGUGGAACGCAUUGCCAGGGGCAAUAAAAAUUCGAGGCAAGCGUCAUCUAAUGAUGCACGCGAUGUUGGUGCAGUGAAAAGCGCUCGCACUGAACCGAGCCGUCGCGAGUGUGAAACCGCUUCGAACAACAGCGAAGUAGGCGACUUAGCCCCGCCGCACAUGCCCACACUCGCAUUGGCCGCCACGAGCCGCGUGCGAGUGGCUGUAUUUAAAACCUAUGACGCAGUACCAAACUCCGCAUUUGCUCUAACGUGUCGACGCAGGCACGUACAUGAACGUGCACGUGCGUAUCUGCUAGGUGACCGAGACAUUGUUUUCGAGUGGCAGUGUCACGAGUGCAAAAUGGAGGAACUGAUUGAAGCUGUUCGAAGUGAAAAAUGCAUAUACGUGGUAAAACACCAAGACUAUUUAAAUACAAAAUUAAAGGAUUCUAUUUGGAAACAAAUAGCAGAGGCGCUAAAUCUCAAGGAUGGAAGUGAAGCCAAGAAAUGUUGGGAAAAACUGAGAAACAAUCACCGAGAUGCGCUUCGUCGGCAGAAAAUUUCUAAACCGAAAAGUGGAUCAGGGGCUGUUAAUAUAAAGCCAUGGCGCUUUCAAAAAAAAUAUGGCAUUUUGAAUCCCGCAUAUGGCAAAUAGGCCAAGUAACACAAAUUUUACUGAAGACAUACUAAAUGACGAAUCAUCUCAUGGUAACUCAAAUACUACAGAAAAUGACAUUCAAAAAAAUGUUGAUGAUACGGAUAUUCAUGAAUCAGUAGUUGAAGAAACUAUUGAAAACCCUGAAUCACCAUCUCCUGGUACAUCAGCUGAUGAAGGAAGUAAAAGACGACGAAAAAAGAACACUUUAAAUAACUUACUAGCUAAAUCGAUUGAGGACCAUGAACGUAGAGCAGCUAAAAGACAGCAACAACGGGAGCGCUUAAUUGCUAACACCAGUAAUGAUUUCACCAUAAGCAAUGUUAAACAUGAUCCACUUUUUCAUUUUUUUAUGAGUAUAUACGAGACCACAAAAAGAUUGCCGCCACUGGCUCAACACAAUACCAAAACAAACGUAUUUUCAUUGGUGUCCCAAGAAGAAUCUAAAUACUUGGUAGAAUAUCCGCCUCGUCCACAUUCUUCCUAUUCACAUGUUAGUGAUGUAGGAUCAUAUUAUUCAUCAUAUACGCCUUCACCUGCAGAACAACAGCCACAUUUUGAUGCAGAAACAUAUCGUAUGCCUCCUCCUAUACAACAACAGCCACAGGAAGGUGGGACACCAUUGACACCAAAUAUUAUAGUCAUUCAGGGUAAUGAACUCAACAAUUCUGGAAAUACGUUUCAAACUAUUUAAAUUAAAUUUAUAAAUUAUUAUGGUGCUUUAAAUAGUUCCACUUAAUUUUGUAACCGUUUACCUACAUAAUAAACUUACCUUAAGAAAACGGCCAAUUUUUCUUCAGUACUAAUUCGUUCAUGACCACCAUAU